UCAGUUGGAAUUCCACAAGUGAAAAUGCCAAGUGGAGCAACAAACUCUGCUAGUGUUUUUACGUCCACCCAGCUUAGCUACCUGCUGUGAUCUGGUGCCAAGAUCUAACCACGCUGUCACCGACACUAAAUGUGUGAAAUGCAACAACUAGAGCCCUUCCAAUGCCAGGUCCACGUGGACAGAAAGACGGAGAAGAAGCAGGACUGGUCAUUCACGCUGUACAACUUCGAUGGCCACGGAAAAAUCCGGAGAGAGGAAGUGGCCAACUUGUUUCAAACCCUGUAUGAUGCUGUAGGGUCAUCGCUGAAGUUGCCCCUGAACGGGAGAAAGACCCUGAAGCUGCGACUUUCGAUUGGUCAAGACAACAGCCAGCUGGAGGCCGACACGGCUGCACAGAGAGACAAGGACAACGGGGCCCCGCUGACGAAGAAGAAGGCCAAAUUGAAGAGCAUCGGUGUGAGUGGCCGAGACGAAGACAACGCAGGGUGGAAGGAGAUCGGUCUGGACAACAAACUGACCACCGCUGUUGACCAGAGCGCGACCAAAGUCAACAACUAUAUCGUCGCUGCUGAUGUGGAGGCUGUGAAGGAGAGCAGCCGGUCAAAGCUUCACGGCGGGGGCCGGUUGUCGAGUGCAACCAGCCUUGGUCAUCGGUUGGUGUUGAGUUGCCAGGAGCAACGGAGAUUGACCGAGUUGAUCCAAGAGAACAUGUUAAGAAACCAACAACAACAGAUGACAAGGAAGCUGCCCGAAACCAGCCAAGAGCACCAUCAACCACACCAUCAUCAUCAUCACCACCACCACCACCAGCGGCACCGCUACCAUCAUCACCACCACCACCACCACCACCACAGAGAGGGCAAGAGGCACAAGCACAGCGGCACGAGGAAGCAGGGCAUCGAGAACCAGGAUCCAUGCCACAACAUCAACAACAACAACACCAACAACAAUGAUGAGGAUGAUAACAACAAGAGGGAAGAAGAGGAGGACGUGGCUGAGGAGAGGAGGAGGAGGAGGAAGGGCGGUAACUGCUUGGACCUUGCUGGAUUAGAUCCCGGUACCACGUCCAUCGUGGAACAGAAGAACCACCAUCAACAGCAGCAGCAGCAGCAGCAGCGUACAAGGCUCCACGCGACAAUUACACUUCCGUGUGCCACAAACGCGCCCACGGUGAAUGCCUGCAGAGAUUCUGUGGUGGCGCCGCUAAUGCCGACGUGCACCUACGACGCCGUGAUCAAGUUCGGCCCCGGGUGUGGCGCCCCGACGCUCCACCUCGUGCCUCGGCCCGACGCGUGCACCGCGAGUGCGCCGCAUCACGCGGCGCAUCCUCGCUCGCAUCCGCAUCCGCAUCAUCCGCCACCGCUCCCGUUGUCGCUCGCGCUGCCCGACCGGUGUUGUCGCGGGGCCGCAGUGGGGAAGAAGGCAGAACAGAACUACGAUAUUGCCGACGGCGGCGGAGGUGGUGGUGGUGGUGGUGGUGGUGGUGGCGGUGGCGGCCAUGUAAAAGACCCAGAUGAAGAGGCGAGGAGGAGGAGGAAGAAGAAGAGAAAGGAAGCAAAAAAAUUGCUCAAUGAGAAACAAGCAGCGGUGACAUCUGGUUGCUACGACGACAACAACAACAACAAUAACAGCAACGGCUGCUGUUGCUCCAGCUGGCCAGAAGAUCACAUGGAUCCAGUGGUCACAGUUCCGGGCGGUGGUCUCAGCGGUGGUGGCCACGUUAGGUGCAAGGCGUGCAGUAGAAAGUGCCACAAGAACGCUACCAAGCACAACGUGGGGAGCAACUGUUGUUGCGCCGCCUCGAACAAGCGCCACACCGAACCGGCGGACACCACAAGCCACUUGUACAACAACUGCAACACCAACCACAACCACGGCAAUCGCAGCAACAACAACAACAACAACAACAAUAACAACAACAGCAGCAAUUACAGUACGAACUCGCAUCAGCGUCAUCACCAUAGUAACAACACAACCACCACCGCCACCACCACCACCACCACCACCACCGCCGCGAAUAACAACAGCAGCAACAACAUGAAUGGUGGUAAUGGUAUGUGCAGUGAUAGGUGGGUUACCAUGCAGAAUGAGAUAAAUAAGUGCAAGGUGUUGUCGAACGGCGGCAGCAAGAUGUGCACCGAGUGUUUGUGCAGCAGGUGCUUGCGGCAUGCAGGUCGGGUGCGUUCUGGCGGGGGUGGGGAGAGGGUGGCUGCGAAUCUGCCGUCGCACGGCACGGAUGCGACGGAGAGGAAGCAGGGUGCAGCAGCGACCUCGUUGCUACAGCAUGGGCAGAGGCCGUCGCCGAUGGGCAGCGUGUUGCCGUUGGCAGCGGCAGUGACCAUGACAACGGUGGGAGCAGCAGUGACAACAUCGUCGUUGACAACAGCGACUACAGCAGCAAUUUCAGCGGUUGCUACGACAACGCCAAUAUCAUCAUCAUUAUCAUCAUCAUCAUCGCAUGCAUUUACAGUGACUGCAGCAGCAGCAACGACAACAACAACAUCAGCGCUUGCGACAAUUGCAUCCACAGCAGCAGCAGCGACCACGACGACAACAACAUCAGCAACAGCCGAUGCACACUUGCAUCACCAACACCACCACCACCAUCGCCGACACCACCACCACCACCAUCGCCACUCCCACCGCCACUGCCACCACGCUGGAUGCAGCGAAGCGUAUCCAUCGCGGGGGGGCAGCGGCAGCGGCGCCGACGCAUGCGCAGAGUGUGGCCCCGUGGUGGCCGUGCAGCAUGCAACAAACCCCGAGCAAGUGCUUGCUCCGUUGCAUCCAAUGGUGCAACGAGAACUUCUGCAACCACUGCACAACAGCAGCGAACAGCACCAGCAGCAGCUAUUGCUGGUGCAACAUCAUGAACAUCGCCACAUCCACGAGUACCAUCACCAUCACCAUUACCACCACUACAACCAGCCAUAGAGACUACGUCACUGUUAAACCACCGUCUCCACCAUUAGCGCCGCCGACCCGUGUCACAUGUGGCUUGCAACGUAACAUGUCACAUAUUUUCAAUUUCAAUUUUAAUUCGAUUUUUAUUGGCUCAAAAAGCAAAAAGCAAGGCCAUGUAAGGGGACAGGGAGUUAUGUACAGGGAGGGUGGUCAUACAAAGAG